CGGAGUCGGGGGAGGGCAGCGGCCGCCCGCCCCGCCGGGGAGAGAGCGCCGGGAGCCGCGGCGGGGACGGCCGCGCCGAGACACCAUGCGGGCACCGCUGCUGCUGCCGCUGCUCCCGCUGCUGCUGCUCGGUGUCAGCUCUCAGGAUGUUACAAAGCCUGCUACUGAAAGCCCAGGAGAAAAAGGACAGAUCACCAUGACUACAAACAGCAGCAAGAUGAAAGGGACCAGCACUACAAGCAGUGGAGAAAACCCACUAUCCACCUCUACGGUAUCAUCUGCCACAGUUCAAAGGAUCACCCCUAUACACAAGCCAGGAAGCCCACCACUCGCGCCUGUGAUACCACCCAGCACUGUUCAAGGGACCACCCCUACAAGCAGCCAAGGAAACCCACCAUCUGCCUCUGCGACAUCAGCUACUGCAGUUAAAGAGAUCAUCCCUACAAACAACACGGGAAACCCACCACCCACCCACAGGGCAUUGACCCCCCUGCUUCAGCAGGCCAGCUUUUCAAACAGCUCCGGAGCCUCAACAGCCACCCCUACUACAACCUUCAGCGUGACCCAGAAGAUCAGCCCUCCAGCUAGCUUGGGAAGCUCAGCAGCCGUUACUGCUACAAAACCCGUCCCCACUCAUAUGAGCAGCUCUCCAACCACCCCAAGAAGUUUAGGGACUACUGUCACAUCCGCUUUCAGCGUGGAACCUCAGGCAAGCCAGCGGUCAGACCAGUUGACCAGCACCACUGCAAGCACCAGAGCCUCCAGCCGUCCCCCUGGGCUGAAGGACUAUGGUGUCUUUUCUCCCACAUCUGUUGCCAAGCAGCCUCACUCUUCUCCCAGUUCUCCAGUCCAGGGACUGGCCUCUUCCACCAAACCUGGAACCAUCAACAUUUCUGUUACCCCUUUGAAUGGAUCCGUCUCCCUCACCACUAGUAAAGCAUCUCUGUCUUUAUCAUCUGGCAGCAUCAACAAGGUCUCAGAGGCAGCCACCUCGCCAGCUCCUGAAGCAGACCAGGGAAGCCAUGACAGCAGAACUGCCUCAACGAAACCUGCAAGUGCUGACCAGAGCCCUGCCCAUGCACAGCCAUCAGCCCCAGCCCUGUGGGACCAGACGGCGAGCAGCAGUCCUGGCCACCAGCACCCUAACGUUUCUUUCCCAAAUAAGGUCAUCUGUAAAGACCAGGUGCAAAAUAAUUGGCCCACCAUAUAUCUGAAAGAAGCUAAAACCUGUGCCGAGUGGAAGACCACCAGCGACAACAUCUCCUUCUUCGAGAGCUUCUGCUCAACGGGCCAGCACGCUUUCAACGCCAGCAGGGAAACGUGCACGGUGACACUGGCCUCCCGUGAGCCCCGCUCCCAGCACUGGGCCGUGUGGGCGAUCGUGCACCUCCCUUUGGACCCUGAAAAAGUCCUCGAGGAGCUGAAGGAGAAGAAGGACAAAUUAGAGAAGCUUGGCAUCGCCAACAUCACCUAUGACAAAAUGGAGAGGGAGAUGGUAAUCAACGAUGAGUUCAGCACACCCCUGAUCAUCACCAUCGUCACUCUGGCCGGCUCCCUGCUGCUGAUCGCAGCCAUCUACGGCUGUUGCCACCAGCGCUUCUCCCAAAAGAAGGACCAGCACAUCCACCCUGAUCUCCCCGGGUUUGAUGAUGGACAUGUGGCCCUGAUCUUUAAUCAGCGCCUGACCGAGGAGCUGCAGACAAUGGAGAACGGCUACCAUGAUAACCCCACGCUGGAAGUGAUGGAGACCUCCUCUGAAAUGCAGGAGAAGAAGGUGAACCUCAAUGGCGAGCUGGGGGACAGCUGGAUCGUUCCUCUCGACACCCUCAUGAAGGAGGACCUGGAGGAAGAGGAGGACACGCAUUUAUAGGAUACAGAAUUCAAACAAGCAAAAAACGACUACCACCCCGUAAAAAAAACCUCCCAUAAUCCCUACACACACACGCACACAACUCUAAAACAAGGAAAAAUUCCCAACAAACCCCAGAAAAUCCCUUAAUGAACUAAUCACAGCCCCUUGUGCCACCACGUGGGGUGCAGGAUGGAAAAAGAAGGGACACGAGAGGACAGCUCUGGGGCGUGUUGUCCACACAAGCCACCACGGUGGCCGCAUUCGGAUGAGCACCCUCCAUCACUCACGGGUGCUCAGUGGGACCUACAACACCAGACCUGACCAGCCAUGAGCGAGCAGGGUGGGUUUGCUCCUGAAGAGCUGCUGGUGUCUCCAAGCUUGUCACCUCCUGUCCCAUGUCCGACCAGGCCAACCGCAGCCUCCAGCUAUCAAGCAACUCUAAAAAUAAAAGGAAAUAAAUGUAAAUAGGAUGGGAGAGGGAGCACAACUCCCAACAGCAAACCAGCAGCUGGCAGUUACAGCUAGAAAAAGCCUCUGGCCCAUGUAAUUUAGCCAUCAUUCUGCCCUCCUCAACAUGAAACGCCCAGGUAUCAAGCAGAGAAAGCUGGAACAGCCUGUUCUUUUUAUUCCAGUUUCCAUCCUCUCCCCAUAAACUGCUGGCUAAAACGCACAAGAGCCCCAUGUUGUGCCAUAGGCAAACGAACACAUCCAGACCCAGCUGGACGGGGGGAUGCAGCAGUGCCAAGUGAUGCUUGGUCCUGCACCACCGCCAGCUGUGCCGCAAAGUGCUGCAGGACAGAUCCUGCACCCGCUUGGAGACCUGGAAAGGUGCAAUAAGCUUCUUGUAUUGAUGCAAAGGGGAGGGAGAGGAGGAGUUGUCGUUCCUUAAGUUCAUCCCUCCUAGGAAGGGUUUAAUGAAACCAAGGCCAGGCACAAGGUUGGGGGUGUCAUGGUGCAGGAGCACAGAUCAGCUAUGCUGCUGCAUUUCCCUAACGAAGUGUUGAUUGCCUUCCAGUAAUUAUGCAGCAGCAUCUCGUGGCCCAUGUCCAUCCUCCCCCAAGACCACGGGUUACGUGCACCAUGAUGGUUUGUGAUUUUUGCGGUCGUGUUUUCCUGCAUGAGCAGCAGCAGAGAAAAGAGCAAGAGAAGCACGAGCCAGGUACCUUGGUGGUAUUCAGGGUUUUCCAUCGGUACAGCCCUUGGUGUUUCCUCCCCACAAGGUUUAUAAGCUCAGCCCACAUCCUCAAGCUUUUCUCCAAAAGCAGGUAAAAUAGCAGAGACCUGCAAAGAAACUUCCAGCUCAGCAAAGCUGGGACUGAGCUUUGUCCCACAGCACUCAGUCUCUUGUCCAGGUCUCCCUUUGCCAUCAAUGUUACAGAUAAAAAAAAACCAUGCAGGAGCAGAAAGUGGCUGGACUGAGGCCAUUUUUUAUUUUCCACUCCCCAUCACAGCUCCUAAAUGGCUGUACAAGGAUGGGGAGAGUUUCACACCUGUGCUCUGGCUUUGGUGAAGCAGCUGAGCCCUGUCAGAGCCAGGGAUCAGAGCAGGGCUCCAUCCUGCAGCACACAGGGGAGAGGACAAGAGGGUCACUUGGGCAAGUGCAUCUCCUGACACAUGAGGAUAGUGAUGGUCCCAAGCCCUCUGCAAGCCAGAGGAGCUGCAGAUGAAGUGUGAUGCCUGAGCACAGCCCUUCCUCUCUCCUGCUUGCCAUAAAUCAUGCAUUCACCAGUGCACAAUGGGGUGAUUUCCUUCGGGCUCCUCCACCAAGUCAACGUGAUGGGGAUCUGCUCCCAUGGCUGCCCUGGAUGAGGGGAAAAGCAGAGCCGAACAACGGCAGGCUUAGAGAAACCCAGGAUGAGCCAGUCCUCGGGAGUACUCACCAAGGAGACGGUCGGGGCGGUUUGCUCAGCCCCAGGACAGAAGCUGGCAGAAGAUACAUCUUCUCAAAGGGACUGGCUCUUCUCUCUUCUCUCCUGCACCGAAAGGCAGAGUUUGAAGUGUUCAAACCUAUAUAUUUUUGUAUGUAAAUAUUCCUGCUAUUCAUUAGCAAUGUAUUCAGCACACUUCACUUACCUGUACACUGCACUAUGGGAAAGUAAUUUUGGAGGGGGGUGUGUGUGUGUUAAAAUUUAAAAAAAAAAUUAAAAAAAGCUAAAAGGCCAGUCUGGUAGGGGAUCAAAAUUCGACACGAAGCAGGAAAACGUGUCCCACCCGGAUAACCCUGCACCACGGCUUUGUCCCCGCUCCAGCAGCAUCGAGUUCAGCUCUUUAACAUUGCAGCAAGGCUCAAAGAACCAGUCUGGGCAUUCGCAAUUGCUUUUGUGAGCGUGUUUGCCUCCCCGAGACACAAGCAAGUGGAUCAGCAAUCUCGCGUUUCUGUCCUUCGCGGAAGAUAAACGUGUCGAAAACACGGGGCAGCAGCGAGGCUUUGGCCGCCGGGGUUGGCGUUGCCGUAAGGAUGCCCCUGGCAGAGCAUCCCCAGGCAGUCGGGUUUUGGCAUGUGCCUGAGAUCCCCCUUCCCAGCGAAGAGAUGCCAAAGUGCUUUAAUGAAUCAGGUCCAAAGACUUCCCAAGAGAACCCUACAAAGGCUUGAGAUCAAGCAACCUUAAAUCUUUCUGAGCAGAGACCAGUGAAGAUAUUAACUACUCAGCAAGUGCUUAUAGUGAUUUAUAUUUGAAUAGGAAUUGUACAUUUAUUUAUUUUUCCAGACACCAUAUUUUUAAACCACUAAUAUUUUAUAGUAGAUUUUUCUUCCCCUAUUUAAAGAACUAUUUCCACGGAAAAAAACAGUAUGUUUUUUAUGUUGAAAACAUUCUUUUUGCAAAAAAAAAAAAAUUCAGGUAGGAAAUGCAGUGAUGAGUAUCUUUGGCCUUAAUCCUUCCCUUUGUAGACUGUAGCCAUAAUUGUUAGACCAAAAAUAAA